GAUCAGUUUUCCAUUUCACAACAAGAGUCAACAACAAAAGCAUCUGUAUUAGAAAACGCAUCCGAUAUCAAGGUUGAGAACUUUACGCUAUCAGCUCGCGGAAAAAACCUUCUCGUCAAUGCGUCUUUAACAGUCGCUGCCAAGCGGCGUUAUGGACUUGUUGGGCCUAACGGGAUGGGCAAGACUACGCUAUUAAAUCACAUUGCCGAAAGAAAGCUUAGAAUACCUCCUACAAUUGAUAUAUUACUUUGUGAACAAGUAGAAAUAGGGGAUGAGAUCGCCGUUCAAGCUGUCAUUAAUUCUGAUGUAAAGAGGCUGACACUGCUACAGGAAGAAAAACAAUUAUUAGCCGAAUGCGAGAGUGGACCCUUGGAUAAUACCGAGAGAUUAAAAGAAGUUUACGCAGAACUUGACGCUAUUGGUGCUUCAUCCGCUGAGUCAAGAGCAAGACGAAUUUUAGCGGGUUUGGGAUUUACUUUGGAGAUGCAGGAGCGCCCCACUAAACAGUUAUCCGGUGGAUGGAGAAUGCGUGUUUCAUUAGCUAGAGCUCUAUUCAUGGAACCCACGCUACUCCUUCUUGAUGAGCCUACAAAUCAUCUAGAUCUAAAUGCAGUAAUAUGGCUGGACAAUUAUCUGCAAUCCUGGAAGAAAACACUCUUAGUGGUCUCCCAUGAUCAGGCAUUUUUAGACGAUGUUUGUACUGAUAUUAUUCAUUUAGAUGACUGUAAACUGUACAACUACAAAGGGAAUUACAGUAUGUUUAAGAAGAUGUUUAAACAGAAAUUCAAAGAAAGAGAAAAAGCGUUCGUAAAACAGGAACGUGAAAUCAAAAAUCUGAAGCAAAGUGGUCAAUCUAAGAAAAAAGCGGAACAAAUCACAAAGGCGAAUGCUUCUAGGAAAGAAAAAAGUAAGAGUGGCAAGAAAGGACAUAAGGAUGAUUCUGAGGGCUCUGCUGCAUCAAUGUCUGAGCUAUUAAGGAAACCUAGAGAAUACGUUGUUAGAUUUUCGUUUCCGAACCCUCCACCAUUAAAUCCUCCUGUCCUUGGUUUAUACGGAGUUGGUUUUAGAUAUCCUGAGCUGCCGUUGCUUUUUAAAAACGUUGAUUUUGGCAUAGAUAUGAAUUCAAGAGUUGCAAUUGUUGGACCAAAUGGCGUUGGAAAAAGUACAUUUCUAAAUCUGUUAAUAGGAAAUUUAACUCCGACUGACGGCGAAGUAAGAAGAAAUCCUCGAUUGCGCAUAGGAGUUUACAAUCAACAUGCUGCUGACCAACUUAAUCUUACGGAAACCCCUGUGGAAUACUUAAAUCGACUCUUCGAUAUGAAUUAUCAACAUUCCCGACAGUUAUUGGCCCGAUAUGGCCUAGCUAGCCAUGCUCACACAAUAAAAAUAGGGGAUCUUUCCGGAGGUCAAAAAGCACGUGUUGUCUUCGCAGAACUCAACAAACGCCAACCGGAUAUCUUGAUAUUGGAUGAACCUACAAAUAACUUGGAUCUAGAAUCCAUUGAUGCUCUUGGUGAUGCUAUCAAUGAAUUUUCUGGAGGAGUAAUCCUUGUUAGCCAUGAUGCUCGCCUUAUUCAAGAAACAAAUUGUCAACUGUGGGUCGUAGAAGAUCAGACGAUAAAUGAAGUUGAAGGAGAUUUUGAUGAUUACAAACGAGAAAUCUUAGAAGUAUUGGGAGAGACCGUAGCAUCAUCCUGA